AUGGCAAUAAUGGAAGGAGCGGGCUUAGCCAAUGGACGUCAUAGAUAUUUGUGGACUCAGAUGAAAUGUAAAGUUCAAAGCCUCUUUGUGCCAUAUCACAGAUAUCAUCAAUCAGGAGACCUCACAAUAGGUGGCAUAACAACCCUAGCUAGUUUCUUGCACGGUGCCCUAAGUUUCAACGAAGUCCCACCACCACCAUUGCGUGAAGAUCUCAUUUUACUGCCUAAGAAUUACCAGCACAUCCUGGCCCUGGAAUUUGCAGUGAAGGAGAUCAAUGGAAACCCUCAUCUCUUACCCAAUGUCACCUUGGGCUUCCAGAUCUAUGACAGUCACUUCAGUGCCCAGAAGACCUACCAUGCCACAAUGCUACUGCUUUACACCGUGAAGAGCUUUGUGCCCAACUACAACUGUGGCAUUCAGACUCAUCUGACAGCAGUGAUUGGUGGACUAGACUCCAAAACCUCCAUUGAUAUUGCAAAUAUCUUGGAUAUCUACAAGGUUCCACAGCUUGUCUAUGGCUCAGCUCCAGUCAUGAAUUAUAAAACUCCAGGCCUUUCCUUCUUCCAAAUGAGCCCAAUGGAAAGACUUCAGUAUGAAGGGAUUGUGUCUUUGCUUCUCUACUUCAGGUGGACAUGGAUUGGAGUUGGUGUGAUGGAAAAUGAUAAUGGAGAAAGAUUUUUAGAUGCAAUCAUACCAUUGUUUUUCCACCAUGGCAUCUGCUUUGAAUCUAUAGAGAAAAUUGCCAUAAUAACAUCUUUCAAUGAAAUUGGCAGCUUGUUCAGCCAAGGUGCAGCAAUCCAUGAUAAGAUCAUGGAUAGCAAGACUAAUAUUAUAAUAUUUUACGGAGAAUCUUACUCUUUGAUGCUUUUGAGAUGGUUACCAUAUCUAUCAAAAAGAGAAAAGAUGAACAAUAUCAUCAAAGGUAAAGUUUGGAUAUUGACAGCCCAAGUGGAACUCACUUCACAUGUUUAUCAACACGACUGGGAUGCCCAAAUGAUCCAUGGUGCUCUGUCCUUCACAGUUCAUGCUAAUAACCCACCAGGAUUCCAAUCUUUUCUUUUAAAUAGAAAUCCCUCCAGUAUAGAUGAUGGUUUUAUCAAAGACUUCUGGCAGCAGGCCUUCCACUGUGUAUUUAAAACUUCAGACAUGGAUGAGGUGAAUGGGGAUAUCUGCAGUGGGAAAGAGAAGCUAGAAGAUCUUCCUGGAACCUUUUUUGAAAAGAACAUGAUCGGCCACAGCUACAGCAUCUAUAAUUCUGUCUAUGCCAUAGCCCAUGCUUUACAGGCUAUGUCUUCAUCCAGACUUAGACAGAGAUCAAAGGCAGAUACAGGAAGACUGAAGCUUCGGAGUGAAAAUUCAUGGCAGCUGCAUCAUUUCUUGAAAGGUUUUUCAUUUAACAACAGUGCUGGGGACAAAGUGUCACUUGACCACAAUGGAGAAGUACUAGCUGGAUAUGAUGUAUUGAACUGGAUUGUUUCUUCUAACCAAUCCUUCAUUAGGGAAAGAGUUGGGAGGUUAGAUCCUGAAGCUCCACCAGGCCAAAUUUUCACUGUCAGGGAAGAUGCCAUAACCUGGCACAACUGGUUUAACCAGUCCCAGCCUCUUUCAGCAUGUUCUGAAAGUUGCCACCCUGGUUCCAGCAAGAAGGUGAAGGAAGGGGAACCCUUUUGCUGCUACGACUGCAUCCUGUGUCCGGAUGGGAAGAUUUCAGAGAAGGAGGACAGUGAUGACUGUUACUCAUGUACAGAAGGAAGCUACCCAAACAAGAAUCAGGAUUUCUGUAUACCUAAAACUGUGACAUUUUUAUCUUAUGAAGAGCCUUUGGGGAUCAGUUUAGGCUUCUUUGCUCUUUGCUCUUCUCUGGUCUCAGUGAUGGUGCUUGGAACAUUUGUCAAGAACCACCACACUCCCAUCGUCAUUGCCAAUAACCGGGACCUCACCUACCUUCUCCUCCUCUCCCUCCUGCUCUGCUUCCUUUCUGCAUUCCUAUUCAUUGGGCAUCCUGAGAAGGUGGUAUGUCUCCUGCAACAAACUACUUUUGGGGUCGUCUUUGCAGUGGCUGUUUCUUCAGUGUUGGCAAAAACCCUCACAGUGGUUCUGGCUUUCCUGGCCACCAAGCCAGGAUCCAGGAUGAGGAUGUUUGUGGGAAAGAGACUGUCCAACUCCAUUGUCAUGUCCUGCUCUCUUAUUCAAAUAGGCAUUUGCAUGAUGUGGCUGGCAACCUCUCCCCCCUUCCCAGAUGCUGACAUGGAUUCAGUAGUGGAAGAAAUUGUCCUGCAGUGUAAUCAAGGCUCUGUGACUAUGUUCUACAGCGUCCUAAGCUAUUUGGGCGUGUUGGCUCUUAUUAGCUUCAUAGUUGCUUUCUUGGCCAGGAAAUUACCUGGCACGUUCAAUGAAGCCAAGUUCAUCACCUUCAGCAUGCUGGUCUUCUGCAGUGUUUGGCUCUCCUUUGUUCCAACCUACUUGAGCACCACGGGGAAAUAUAUGGUGGCGGUGGAGGUCUUUUCCAUCUUGGCCUCUGGUGCUGGGCUGCUGGGCUGCAUCUUUCUCCCCAAAUGUUAUAUCAUGGUGUUAAGGCCUGACUUGAACAACAGGGAGUGCCUAAUGAAGAGAAAGAAAUGCUGA